GUUUCUUGCUUAGCAAGCAAGCCAUCUCUUUUUCCAUCGUUAAAUAUCAUCACUGGUUUCAAGAGAGAGAGGAACUAAAAUUCCAUGACUGAUUUGAAGCUUAGGAGUGUUUGCUAGUGAGAGAGAGAGAGAGAGAGAGAGAGAGAGAGAGAGAGAGAGAGAAUAUGGAAAAGGAACAAGCUUUCCAUCAGCGUGCGCUCAAUGUAACUGCAGUAGACGCUACCAGUAAAUUUCCUGUGGAAGAUGAUGAUGAUGUAAAAGAAAGUGGAGAUGCUGAGCAACUUGAUUAUUUCCCGGAGGAGUUGGUUAGCCGUUGGGUUUCCUUCUCUGAAAUGGGCUCGUAUCAUUAUUACUCAUUGGGCUUAGCAGGGAAUGGUGAAUUGGAUGUCCCGUUUCGAGGCAUUUCUCUUAUUGUAAAGUGUGAUUUGGGAGCUGAUUUUGCCACUACACAAUUUCAAUUGGCUAGGGGUUCUGUGACCGUCAAUGUGAAAUAUGUGGGACCCAUUCAUCUUACUACUGACCAGGUUAAUAUGGCUAGAAGGUUUCAGAUCACUAUUCUCAGAUCACUUAUCAACCAUAAAUGGAGGAAACUACGACAUGAUUUAAAUGGACCUCUUCAGGAGGAAGGGACUCUUGCAACUACAACUUACUUAGUGCUCCCAUCUAUUGAUCAUGAUUUAGUGCUCCCAUCUAUUGAUCCUGAUCAGAAUUCUUCAUUUAUUGAUUGGGAUUGCAUUAAAUCUGCCUCGUUUUCUUCUAAAGUAGAUGGUAUGGUUCGGGAAGAUGGCAUUCCGCACUGUUGUUCUCUCCAAGGUGACAACAUUCGAUGGAUGCAUAUAAAAGAUAGUCUUGUAUGCAGUUGUAUGCUUAGAAAUUCUUUGGUGACCACUCCUCAUACUAAGAAUAUCUAUUGCAUUAGUGGUAUCUUAGAUGAUCUUAGCGCGAAUUCUCCUAUGAAGUCGAAAAAGGGUGAGGUUCUUAGUUGUACAUACAAGGAACAUUUUCGAUCCCGGGGCAUCACAUUGCACUAUGAAGGAGAAUCAUUGCUUUGUGGGAGACACCUAUCGAAGGUGCAAAACUGGCUUCGGAGGUCUACAUUUCAAAAGGGCAAAGGUAAAGGAAGCCCCGGCGAUGGCGUUGAAUUGCCACCUGAACUCUGUGAGAUCAUUAUGUCUCCCAUCUCCACAAGUACUUUGCACUCUUUCUCAUUCAUUCCGUCUAUCAUGCAUCGUAUCAAGUCCAUGCUUCUCGCCAUCACAUUAAAGGCAAUGCAAAUGAAUCACUGCAUGCGAAAAUUUGAUGUUCCAGCCAUCAAGGUUUUGGAAGCAAUCAUGACAGACAAAUGCGAAGAGGAAUUUUCUUUGGAAUCACUAGAGACACUUGGAGACUCUUUUCUCAAAUAUGUAGCAAGUCAACAGUUAUUCAGAGAUAAUAAGCAGGACCGUGAGGGCCCUCUUACUCAUAAGAGGGAAAGUAUUAUAUCCAAUGCUAACCUUUGCAAGCUAGGGUGUAGCCGCAAACUUCCGGGAUUCAUACGUAAUGAGCGAUUUGACCCUAAGCAGUGGGUUAUUCCUGGUGAUCCUUGUGGAUGUUAUUGGAAGGAUGAAAUGUUUGUAUCACCUUUGAAAAAGAUCUAUUAUGAGGGAACCAGGCCUAUGAAUAGCAAAGUAAUUUCUGAUGUUGUUGAGGCACUUAUUGGAGCAUACCUUAGCACAAGUGGGGAAUUAGCAGCAUUGUACUUCAUGAAGUGGCUUGGUUUAGAGGUUGAUUUUGUGAAUGAGAUAUCACUUGAAAGGCCAUUUCUAGCAGCUGAGAAGUACGUCAAUAUUAGCAGUCUCCAAUCACUGCUAAAGUAUUCAUUCCGUGACCCUUCUCUAUUGGUUGAAGCAUUGACUCAUGGAUCAUAUCAGCUUCCAGAUAUUCCAGGAUUCUGCUAUCAGCGCCUAGAGUUCCUUGGAGAUUCGGUUUUGGAUUAUCUCAUCACUCUCCACUUUUUCAAGGAAUAUCCUGGCAUCUCCCCUGAAGUUAUAACUGACCUUAGGUCUGCUUCUGUAAACAACGAAUGCUACGCCCUCAUAUCAGUGAAGUUUGGACUGUACAAGCACAUUCUUCAUCAAUCACCUGGCCUAGACGAAGGAAUUAUGUUGUUCGUUAAUAGCUUUGGCCAAUCACUUCCUUACUCAACAUUCGGGUGGAAAGCAAAGUCAGCUUUCCCACGGCCACUUGCGGACAUACUCGAAUCGAUUGCUGGGGCAAUUCUUGUUGAUUCUGGAUUUGAUAAGAAUGCUGUUUGGGAGAGCAUACGGCCACUUUUGGAACCUAUGGCUACCCCAGAUACACUAGAACAGCAGCCAGUGCGGGAGCUUGAAGAACUCCGUGUCAGAAGAUCAUAUGAGAAGCCGACGUUCCAAGAUGGGGUUGCUUCUAUCACGGCAGAUGGAAUCAUCCAUGAAGAAGCCUAUGUCAGUAGUAAUAAGAAAACAUCGGCGAAAAUUGGUGCAGAAGCCCUUUUGGGUUCUUUGAAGAUGGGUAAAGAAAAGUACCACGUUGUCCUCGUCGGACGUCGCCCUGGGAUAUAUGACACUUGGGAAGAGGCGCGAGUAGAAGUGGAGGGAUAUAGUGGCGGCAAGCAUCGCGCCUUUCGGAACUGGAAGGAGGCCGUAGCAUGUUGGGACAAUUUUUUCCGUAAGGCUUGUGAGCCAUCCAGACCACUGCCAGAGUCUCCGUGUCUUCAGGUUGCCGCUGCAUCUGCUGAGAUGGAGAUCCAGCACGCUACGACUUCGUUUACCCAUCAGUCGACCCAGAUGAGACAAGAGGUGGUGGAGAGGGCCACAUCGACUGAUGAUCCUACUCCAUCGGAUAGCGAGAAAGUCAUUGUCAUUUUCGUGGGCGUCUUGGUUCUUUUUUUUUCAUUGCUUAUUAUUAUUAAAUUUUAAAUAUUAUUGUUGUAACUUUGAUUAAAUUUUCGACUUUCGUUUAUGGUUUUUGUGUACUAUAGCCGAAGGGUUUAAUAUAUUAUAGUCUGCGUGUAGGUUGAAUG